AUGAUUGUUUUUGUUAUUGUUGUUGUCGUCGUCGUUGCUGCUGCUCUUCAAAUGCACUUCUCAGUAAACAAUUGCCAUCUGUGUGUUUUGGCCAUGUUCCGCUUUAAAUUGAUUUUACUCCUGGCCGUCCUUUGUGGCUGUGAGGCACAUCCACCAACUACCGAAAUGCCGGCGCGACUGAUCAACGCUUCUGACGAAGGAGCUGCCUAUGACAGCAAAUUCGACAAUGUCGAUCUGGAUGAGAUACUUGGCCAGGCUCGUCUGCUCAAUAAUUAUAUCAAAUGUCUGGAGAAUCAAGGACCCUGCACCCCCGAUGCCAAGAUGCUGAAGGAUAUCCUACCCGAUGCAAUGAUGACGGACUGCGUCAAAUGUACGGAGAAGCAAAAAUAUGGAGCUGAAAAAGUGACGCGUCAUUUGAUUGAUAACCGUCCAAAUGAUUGGGAACGCUUGGAGAAAAUCUACGAUCCGGAGGGAUCCUAUCGCAUCAAGUACGAGGCAACGAAGACUGCCAACGACGAAAGCCAAACUGUUGUAUUCCAACCCUUGGCUCAAGGUGAUUCUUAACGGCUAAAUCAUCGACAAUGAAAUCGAUCCAAAUAUUAAUAUAAUUAAUCUACUUAGCUUCGUAUUCACGUAUUCACUAAUAUGCUACCAGUACUCGCAUUCACGUUUGGAUAUAGCUUUUGUCUUUUUUUUUUUUUUUGAACACUUUACCACGAAUAAAGCACCAGUUACUGCAUAAA